ACUCAACUGAGAUAACUGUAAAUGGAUGUGAGUCGAAGUGCGUUCCACUACGUACAAGAUGACUCGAAAUUUGUGGUCUUUGCUUGCGUUAGUCAUCAUUGUGGUGGGUUGCUCAGGUGACCUGUGCAAUGAAAAGAAAUGCACUGGUCAGGGACAAGUUUGUUCUGUUGACAAAAAUAACAAAGCUGUUUGUAAAUGUAAAGAUUCUUGCCCAGGGUCAGACAAUAAAAGAGUCUGUGGGUCCGAUGGUAUCACUUACCGAAAUCGCUGUCAACUAGAUAUGACAUCCUGUAAGCUUAGCAUAAACAUUACAGUGGUUUCUGUUGGUAAAUGCGGAGAGAUCCCUUUGAAAAUCAGCCCACAACAUCAGUCUUCUCAAACUCUCUAUGCUGGGAAGCCUGGCAAAAUUGAAUGCAAAAUCAUUGGAAAUGCUGCCCAAUACUUGUGGCGCAAAGUUGGCCUAAGAAGUCUGCCAUACGGUAGAGUUGUACCUCUCAAUUUCAAUAAACUUCUUUUCCGCCGAGUCCAGUUGAAAGAUGCCGGGAGAUAUGAGUGCCGCGCAUAUUCAGGAUCAAUGCGUGUAGUGGUUCCAAUAACUGUUGUUGUCUUGGAUCCCAAGACAAAGGAGACUGCUGUGGCGCCAAAUCAAGUUUGCAAUUUGGAAAAACUUAUUGGUACAGGGACUGAUCCAUCCAAGUUCAGUACUCGAUGGUAUUUUGACAGCAUGGAGUCCUUGAUGUGUGUUUCUUUCCUGUACAGUGGAAUUGGUGGCAAUAAAAACAAUUUUAAGACCAAAGCUGAAUGUUUGCGAAAGUGCUCCCAUGCUGCUGGGGAUGUCUGUGCUCUUCCUAAGCUGCCUGGUAUUUGUAUGGCCUAUUUUCCCAGAUGGUUUUAUAACAGCAAAACUAAAAAAUGUGAAUCUUUCAUUUAUGGUGGAUGUAAUGGUAAUGCCAACAACUUUAACACCGAGGAGGAUUGUAAGAAGUCUUGUUUAGCGGAUUUUGUUUGCAAAUUACAGCCAGAUGUUGGGUUCUGCAAAGGAUAUUUCCCCAGAUACUUCUUUAAUGACACAUCAGGGCAGUGCGAGAAGUUUAUUUAUGGAGGCUGUGAAGGAAACAGUAACAACUUUCACACUAUAGAACUGUGCCAGAAGAAAUGCCAGCCUGCAUCUGAUGCAGCUGUUCAAGAUAAACCUGGCCGCUGUCCAUGGCGUAGGAGUAUUCUUAGGUUUUGUCCUCUGGGACAGGAUACUUGUGAAACUGAUCAAGAGUGUAAGGGCGAUGACAAGUGUUGCUUUGAUGGCUGUAGUCAUUCAUGUGCUCCACCAUUGAGUGAAGUCAAACCAGGUCAGUGUCCCAAAGUAGACAAAAAGAAUGGGACUGUCUGUAAUAAGAUGGGAGACAUGUGUGACAAGGAUGCUGAUUGUCCAGCAAGUCGGAAGUGUUGUGACAAUGGCUGCCAGAAAGACUGUGCCAUGCCAGAAUCUGUGCGUGUCUUAAAACCUGGUGUGUGCCCUCAAAACGACAUAAUUGAUCCAAAGCUGUGCAAAAGUACAAAAAAUGAAUGUGAUGUUGAUGGUGAUUGCUUUGGUCAUUUGAAAUGUUGCUUUAAUGGGUGUAAUAAGGAGUGUUCUGUGACACCAAAGCCUCGUCCAAAGCCAGGGGAGUGUCCCCUGAAUGAUUAUAUACCACCUGAACUGUGCGAGGUUACAGAAGACAACUGUAAAAACGACCAGGAUUGUAAAGGAAGGGAUAAGUGUUGUGCAACAGGAUGUAAUCUGGAUUGUAUAACCCCUCCCAUCAUAGAGAAGCGUGGUCAGUGCCCAACUGUGGAUUAUAUUGAUCCUGAAGCUUGUGAAGAAACAACAGAUCAGUGCAGUGUAGAUAGUGAUUGUAAAGGGAAGGACAAAUGUUGUGCAACAGGCUGUAUAAAGGAGUGCGUAACCCCUCCCAUCCUAGAGAAACCUGGUCAGUGCCCAACUGUGGAUUAUAUUGACCCCAAGACUUGUGAAGGAACAAACGAUAACUGCAGUGAAGAUAGUGAUUGUAAAGGGAAGGACAAAUGCUGUGCAACUGGCUGCAUAAAGGAGUGUGUAACACCUCCAAUUGAACUUCCUACUACCAUAAAGGAUGGUCAGUGUCCUAAACCAUGGAAGGGACUUGAUGGUAUCUGUGACCGACGGGGGGACAUGUGCUCUGGUGAUGAUGAUUGCAGUGGACUGCAAAGGUGCUGUUUUAAUGGGUGCCAGAAAGAUUGCAUUGAGCCUGUACCUUUGGAUAAACCUGGUGAGUGUCCAAGCCCUUGGAAAGGGAAAGAUGGCAUUUGUGAUCGUCGUGGAGACAUGUGCAAUGUAGAUGUUGAUUGCGAUACUUCUGAAAAGUGCUGCUUCAAUGGCUGCCAGAGGGAUUGUGUUAAACCUGGCACUGGCAAGAAAUCUUCAGGGAAGCCUGGUCAGUGUCCAAUUCCAUGGAAACAGCAACCAUGUGACAGAAAGGGAGAUGUGUGCAGGGAAGAUAUCGACUGUAGUUCUGGAAGCAAAUGCUGUCACAAUGGCUGUCAGAGGGAUUGUGUCAAACCAGAAAAUCUUACAAAGUGCCAAGAGGAAAUGCAAUCUGCUUUGGACAAGUUAGCAUUGGACCCCCCUCUCCUUGGUGUUUUUGUUCCACGGUGUAAGCCUGAUGGUGAUUAUGAGGACCAGCAGUGUCAUGAAUUGUACUGCUGGUGUGUGGACAAGGAUGGAGAAAAAAUACCAGGUACAGAGGUACAAGGCACAGCUGUCUGUUCCAAACGUGCAAAACCUGGAACAUGUCCUAGACCUUGGUUGGGUCAAGAGGGGGUUUGUGACUUGCUUCCUGACAUGUGCCAGCAUGAUUCUGAUUGUGAUGGAGACCACAGGUGUUGCUUUAAUGGAUGUCAGAAUUUCUGCACAUCUCCAGUUGGUAUCAAACUCUGUGCAAGGCACAGGAAGAGAGAGAUCUCAAAAACCCAUGGAGGACGCUUCCCAAUAGGAGCAUUCAUACCUUCCUGUAAACUAAAUGGUGAUUAUGAGGAGGUACAGUGUCAUGGAUCUACUGGGUUUUGCUGGUGCGUAGACAAGCUUGGCAAUGAACUGGAAGGUACUCGAAUCAGAGGAGAACCAAAUUGUACCACUUCAGUUGGUACCAAACCCUGCACAAGACAGAAGGAGAGAGAGCUCUCAAGGAACCAAGGGGGUGUCCCCUUAAUAGGGGCAUUCAUAACUUCCUGUAAACCAAAUGGUGAUUAUGAGGAAGUCCAGUGUCAUGGAUCUAUUGGGUUCUGCUGGUGUGUUGACAGUCUUGGCAAUGAAGUGGAUGGUACUAGAGUGAGAGGAGAACCAAAUUGUACAAUUUCAGCAAAUACUAAGAUGAAUGGAAAGGAAGGAACUUGUCCUACGCCGUGGAAGGGGCUUACAGGUUUCUGUGACAAAAUGGGUGAUGAAUGUGGAAUGGACUUUCACUGUCCUGGAAAUCAGAAAUGUUGCUUCAGUGGCUGCCAGCAGAUGUGUGUGAAUACAUCAGAGGUUCACAAGAAAGCAGACACAAAACCUGGCCAAUGUCCCAAACCUUGGCUGGGUAAAGAAGGGCUGUGUGAUCGCCGUGGGGAUAUGUGUGCGAAAGAUACUGAUUGCAAAGGAAGUGAGCUCUGUUGCUUCAAUGGCUGCCAAAAGGACUGUGUUAAUCCUGGUCUGUCUACUUGUCAGCAAAGAUUUGAAGAGUCUUUUCUGUUCCCACAAUUGGGCCGCUUUGUUCCAUCAUGCAAGAAAAGUGGUGGAUUUCAAGAAAUGCAGUGUCACUUUUCCACGGGUUACUGUUGGUGUGUAGACAGUUAUGGCAAGGAACAGCUUGGAACACGAACCAGAGGAAAACCCAACUGCACUCUUCCAGAUCCAUGUCAGUUCACCUCAUGCCCAUAUUAUGGACAGUGUGUUCCCACCAAGGACCACAAGUCAGUAGAAUGCAAAUGCAAUAUUGCCUGCAUAAAGAUUUAUGAUCCAGUUUGUGGAACAAAUGGCAAAACCUACGAUAAUGAGUGCAUUCUGAAGGCUGAAGCUUGUGCGGAAAAGAAGAAUGUCACUGUUGAUUACAAGGGUGAAUGUGAAGUAGUGGAUCCAUGUGCUUCAGUAAAGUGUGACUUCUAUGGCAAGUGUGAUGUCAUUGGUGGAAACAUCACUUGCGUCUGCCCUGGUGAAGGUAGCCACCCAGGCUGUGGCAAUGAAGAAGAACCUCUCUGUGGUUCUGAUGGAAAGAUUUAUGAGAACUUGUGUCUCUUAAUGACUGCCUCCUGCCAACAAAAGACAGAGAUUAUCCCAGCACUACCAGAAAGUUGUGGAGUAGUGAAUAUUGAUCCCUGUGUCAACAUCACAUGCAGCCAUCCAUUGCAAAAAUGCACCACAGAUGAUAAAGGCAAACCUGUCUGCAGCUGUACACACCUUGGAUCCUGUCCAAAGAUCAUUAAGCCAGUCUGUGGAGAUGAUGGUCAAAAUUAUGACAAUAAGUGUAUUUUGGACUUUGUCUCAUGUGAGAAAGGCAAAGUUGUGUCUGUAGAUUAUGAAGGAAAAUGUGAACCGGAUAUUACAUCAAUUUUAACAGGUGCUAUGCCAGAUCCCUGUCAUAAGAUCAAUUGCAGCCAUUAUCUCGCCAGUUGUCAAGACAUAAAUGGUACAGCAACCUGUGUAUGCUCAACUGCAGUGACACUUGAAUUAAGAUAUGUCUGUGGUUCUGAUGGAAAGACAUAUCCAAAUCACAGAUCCUUAGAAGUUGCCAGCUGUCUCGCUGGCGGUGCUAUCAAGAAGGUCAAGGAUGGAAAAUGUCCUCAGCUUAUGAAUCCUUGUGAAGUCAGCCUUUGUAGCCACAAGCGUCACAGGUGUGAAGUUCAGAAUGGCACAGCCUCGUGUGUUUGUAACACAGCAUGUACAUUAGAGUACAAUCCAGUUUGUGCUUCUGAUAACAACACCUAUCCCAACCCGUGUGGUAUGGAGGUGGCAGCAUGUCAGAGUGGGAAACGCCUUCGAGUCGUCAGACCAGGGAGAUGUGAUGCUGUUAUCUCUGGUUUGAAACCCUAUAUCUGUCCCGCUCCGUGGAAAGGUCUGAAUGGAAUUUGUGACCGAAGAGCAGACUCGUGUACGAAAAAUGAGGACUGCAAGGAGGAUGGAGGAAAGUGCUGCUUUAAUGGCUGCCAGAAAGACUGUGUUCAAUUUGUUCGUGAUCUUGAAUGCCCUAACACGUGUCAUGAGAAUGCUCAGUGCAUAGAACUAGUUUUUGGAGGCCGCAAAUGUGUGUGUAACCCAGGAUAUGAAGGAGACGGUAUUGAUUGUGCAGCUGAUCCUUGUAGUGUUAAGAAGUGUGAGCAUUAUGCAACUUGCGUGGAGGACGGCGGCAUGGGAAAAUGUGUCUGUCCACAAGUUUGUCCUCUGAAUUUCAUGCCUGUCUGUGGCUCAGAUGGAAAGAUAUAUGACAAUGUGUGUCUUAUGGAAGCUGCGUCAUGCAGUCAACAGAAGAAGAUCACCAUCGCCAGUAAAGACAGUUGUAAACCAGACCCUUGUGAGAAGUCCAACUGCAGUCAUCCAUUACACCACUGUCUCAAAUCACCCCGAGGUGCUGCAUGUGUUUGUCUGCCAUUUUUGUGCACAAGGGAAUACAUCCCGGUAUGUGGAUCAGAUGGCCAAACGUAUCCUAACGAGUGUGUCCUACGGUCAGAAGCAUGCGAGAGAAGUCAGACAAUAACGGUGGCUAGUCAAGGAGAGUGCAAGCAAGAAAACAAAAACCCUUGCAGUGCACCUGAUCUUUGUACUCAUCCUUACCAUCAGUGUCACGUGGUGGGUGGUAAGGCCCUAUGCGUUUGUCCAAUGGUGAUCACCGCAAAUCUGGCACCAGUGUGUGGCUCGGAUGGACAAACAUACCCCAACCCCAGCGCUCUUGAGAGUAUGAGCUGCCUAGCAAAUAGAAUCGUGGAGGCAGAAUAUUCUGGUGAAUGUCGCGCUCCGUGGGAUCCCUGUGACAUUUCACUGUGCAAUCAUCAUCGUCAUUACUGUAAAGUGGUCGACGGUAAGGCCACCUGUGUUUGCUCUCAACUCUGUCCACUUAUCCUGAGGCCAGUGUGUGGUUCAGAUGGUAAGACAUACCCAAACAAGUGCACCUUGGAGGUUGAGGCCUGUAUAUCUGGUAAAGACCUGACCGUCAUAUCAGAGGGAGAGUGUGAUCCAUGUUCAAGGAUGGAGUGCACUGAUCCAAGAAAGCAUUGCAGAGUUGUGCAAGGUGCAGCAACCUGCGAGUGUAAUGAAAUCUGCACACUUGACUUUAACCCAGUUUGUGGUUCAGAUGGUGAAACAUAUCCCAACGAGUGUAGUCUGGAGGUCGAGGCAUGUAAAACUGGAAAAAUCUUAACCGUAGUGAAAUCGGGAGAAUGCGGGCCGCAGUGUCCCAUUUUGGACCCAACUCCUCUCUGCGCUUUGAAAAACGGAUCCUGUUUUACAGGAAACGUGACUUGCCCCACUGGACUGAAAUGCUGUCUUGAUAAUGACUGUAGUCACAAGUGUACUGAGCCUGCGCUUGACGAUGGGACAAGACCUGGCGAGUGUCCCUUACUUAACCCAACUCCUCUUUGUGCGAAUUUAACCGGAUGUCAGUCAGACAAAGUAUGUCCCCUAGGCAGCAGAUGUUGCUUGCAGAAGGGCUGCACACAGAAAUGUGUUAAGGUUGAGAUUCUUCCCCCUCCGCCACCAUUGCUACUUCAAUGCCCAGUUUUAAACCCUACUCCACUGUGUAGACAGCCGGCAGGUGCCCCACCCAACUGUUUCACAGGCGGUCCAAAGUGUCCCGCAGGAAAAGCUUGUUGUCUUGACAAAGACUGUAACCACAAGUGUGUGAAACCUGCGCUGGCUGAUGGAACAAGGCCAGGAAAGUGUCCUAUACUUAACCCAACACCUGUUUGUGCUAAAAUAACCGGAUGCCGGUCAGACGAAGAAUGUCUCUUUGGCAGCAGAUGUUGUCUGCAGCAGGGCUGCAAACGGGAAUGUGUAAGAGUUGAGGAUGUUCCUCCACCGCCGCCAUUGUUAUUACAGUGUCCAGUGCUUAAUCCAACCCCUUACUGUAGCCUGCCUCCAGAUGCCCCACCAAACUGCUUCACAGGAGGACCAAAGUGUCCCACAGGACAGAUUUGCUGUUUGGACAACGAUUGUUACCACAAGUGCGUCACUCCUGCAAGGGCUGAUGGUACACGACCAGGCACGUGCCCUGCGCCAAACCCCAUACCGACAUGUGAAUCAACAACAGGUUGUGAGUCCGACGAUGGAUGUGCUUUGGGGGAGAGAUGCUGUCUCCAGUGGAACUGUACAAAGAUGUGCGUUAAGACUUUGCCUCCUCUCGUGAAAAGUGGCCAUGAAAACCGCCCCUCCACGUCAAGACUAACCACUUUUGUCGGGACUUCAACCUGUCAGCCCCCUUGUCAUCCCUAUGGUUUUUGCGUGAAGAACAAAUGCACGUGCCAAAGACUUUGUACACGUGAAUAUGCUCCCGUGUGUGGUACGGACGGGAAAACGUACAGCACUGAGUGUGUCAUGAAGGGUAUGGUGUGUGAACAAGGAACUAUGGUCACUGUUAAGCAUCCUGGGGAAUGCGGCAGCCGUAAAGAUGAUUUAAUUUGCAUACCACCCUGUCAUCCAUUUGGAAAGUGUGUGAAAAACGAGGAAUCUGGUCAAAAUGAAUGCACAUGUGACAGAGUAUGUACACGAGAGUACGCCCCUGUGUGCGGCACAGAUGGCAAAACAUACAGUACCGAGUGUAUAAUGAUGUAUUCAGUGUGUAAGGACGCCAGUAGUGUGGUUAUGAAGCAUCCAGGAAAAUGCGGAGAAGAAACACCCGAAGAUAGUUGUCCCGUUUUGAACCCGUCACCUAUUUGUAGUGACCCCAUACAAGGCUGCUCUGAAGACUCCGAAUGCGCGGACGGGGAGAAAUGUUGCUUGCGAGGAGACUGUACCAGGAGAUGUUAUGCACCGGCCAAACCCGGGCGGUGCCCUAGCUCUGACCCCAAGCCAUGCCCUCUAAUCCUUCGACCUCCAGAGUGUGCAACAGACUGGGACUGUAGCGGAGACCUCAAGUGUUGCUUUGAUGGCUGCAUCAAGAAGUGUACCUCUUCGUUUGAAAAGCCUCGAGAUGAGAACCCCUGUGAAGUUACUCUAUGUAGCUUCCCCACCCCAGUGUGUAAAGUUGUCAAAGGCAAGCCCACCUGUCAGUGUCGGGAGACAUGCCCUAUCAACCACAUUGAUCCUGUGUGUGGAUCAGAUGGGCGAACGUAUGACAACAUGUGUCAGCUGGAGAUGAAUGCUUGUCUGCUAGAGGCUGGAGGGAUGCCGCCUGGGCAACUUACCUACAUCGGAAACGGAGAAUGUAAAGCCGCUCAGAUUUGCAGUUUACCAGUAGAGACGGGUCGCUGCUUCGCUGCUAUGAAACGAUUCUUCUUCAAUUCCACCUCCCGACGGUGUGAAGAGUUCAUAUUUGGUGGAUGUGAAGGAAAUUUAAACAGAUUUGACACCGAGAAAGAUUGUUUCGACUUCUGUGGAUCCUUGGAUACGUGUGAGCUGAACCCUUGCCCUGAUCCCUAUGCUAUUUGUAGCAUUACCAAAUUAGGAGAACGGCAGUGCGCUUGCCCAGAAAUCUGCACAUCAAUCUACAGCCCUGUGUGUGGUACAGACGGCCAGACUUACGGCAGCGAGUGUCAGAUGAAGGCUGAAGCCUGUAAACAAGGAAUGAUGAUCAAGAUCAAGGCUCCUGGAAGAUGCAACACUAAUCCAGGUUUUUGCCCCAUUGUGGACCCACAGAUUUGUUCAAGUGAACCAGAAGAUUCUUGCUUUGAUGAUGCCAGCUGUAAGGAUAAUGAAAAAUGCUGUCACGAUGGCUGUAGAAAGCUCUGUGUGAAGCCUUUAACAAAACCUAAUCAAGGUCCACUGCGUUUGAUCAAACAACAAAUCACAUCACCUGAUUUUGGAAAGAAGCCUAUACCGAAAGAUUCUUGUAAGAAAUGUAAGUUUCCACAAAGUGCCUGUUCAGUGACUGAGCAAGGAGAAGCAGAAUGCCGCUGUCCAGAAGUGUGCACGGCAGAUUUCGCGCCUGUCUGCGGCUCAGAUGGCCGCAAUUACACUAACAAAUGUCAGUUAGAAGUUGAAGCUUGUAAGCCAGAGAACAUCGGCUCCUUGACUCUCAAACAUGUUGGACCGUGUGUGUGUGAUCUUCCUCUGGCUGGUGGACUCUGUUUUGGUUACUUUCCACGCUUCUUCUUCAAUUCAACCACCAAGCAAUGCCAGAGGUUCGUUUAUGGAGGGUGCCAAGGAAACGGAAACAAUUUCCCGACUAUUGAGGCCUGCGAGAACAAGUGUAUCAAUCCGUGCAAGAAUUACAAGUGUCCAUUCCCGCGCACAAGAUGUGAAGUAGAGGACGGAGCAGCUGUGUGUAAGUGUCCUUCCAUCUGUACGGCAGACUACCGCCCGGUGUGUGGAACAGACGGCAGGACCUACAGCAACAUGUGUGGGCUGGAGGCCACAGCUUGCAUGACAAGGCAUUUUAAACUGGGUGUCAAACAUCUGGGAGAAUGCUUAAGUCCAAAUCCUUGUAAUGGGUUCGUCUGCAAACACAAGCGUCAAAGAUGUGUAGUUAAAGGCAACAAACCUUUCUGUGAGUGCAAUAAAGUGUGCACCCGAGAGUACGACCCUUACUGUGCCUCUGAUGGCGUUACUUACUCCAACAAGUGUGUUCUAGAGGUUUCCGAGUGUGAAAGUGGCAAAGACUUGGACAUUUUACACGCCGGGGAAUGUAAAGCAUGUGAUCUUACCGCUGAGCCAGGGCCAUGUGAGGCCUACAUGCCGAGUUACUUCUUCAAUACCACAUCAAAAGUGUGCGAAGAAUUUAUAUAUGGAGGCUGUAAAGGGAAUGAUAACCGCUUUGCCACCAUUGAUGACUGUGAGAAAAAAUGCAAAGCUGAAAAACCAAGUUCUGACGAUCCGUGCCAGCUGAUGAAUUGCGACUUCCAUGGAGUUUGUCGAGUGGAUGACAAUGGUGAUGCAGUGUGUGAAUGUAACACGGCCUGCCCUUUCAUUUAUGAUCCUGUUUGUGGAUCAGACGGGAAGAACUACUCCAAUGAAUGUGUGUUAAAGUCACAGGCCUGUCUUACUCGCACCAUGAUCACAGUUGUUGGUGGCCCUGCAAAAUGCUCAUCCAGAAGGAGGAAAUGCCAGACUUGCCCUGCGCGUUCAAGCCUCUUUGCCCACUUUUGUGAAAGCGACUUUGUGAUCAAGGGCACGUUUGAGAAGAUAGAAAAUGGACAAGACUCUGAUGGGUCUUCCUUGAUGGUGCGAGUGACUGGGGUGUUCAAGGGCUCUGACUCGUCACAGAAUAAACUUGUCAAGAUCGCCUUCGCUGAGGACUUAAACAGUUGCUUCUGCAAAGAGCUUGGAUUGGGUAAAACAGUUGUCAUAGCAGGGACCUUGACGGAAGAUGGUAAUUAUCUACUGGACGAAUCAAGCUAUGUGCGUCAUGCAAGCGAACACUUGUUAAAGAAAGUUCAGGAGCGUACAAAGCAGAACAGAUGCAGAAAGACGAAGAAACAAGAAUAGUCAUAGAUGUGAUAAGUCUCCAUCGUAGCCGGUUUUAGGAAUGUUACAUUACGCUUCCCGCGUUACGUGACAUCCUAUAAGACAGCCACGAUGGAGAACGGGCCGUGAUAGAAACCUAGAGAACCCAAAAAAAAAAUCAGAAUGAAACAUGGUCAGGACUUAGAUUAGAUAUAUGUUAAUCCCGGAUAAAUUUCAACGAUGUAUGUAGUGAUACUUUAGAAAGAUAUUUUAUUGCAAGUAGAGCAUUUAAUUUUUUUUAGCGUUUUAUUUGAUCAUUUGUAGGAAAGUGAUAUCUUUUUUUCUUAAAAUCAGUUUUACGUCAAAUACUGAUGAUUUUUAGGAAAUAUUUUUUAUUUUUGUAGCUGUAGUUUACCUGCGUUUCAACUGGAAUGACAUCUUGUCUUAAUCAAACAUAUCAUUGCGGUAGGACCCUGCUAUUCACUGCAAAUAAUUCUGCUUCAAAUGGUACAAUUUCUAAAUGUGGAACUGUGAUGACAUUAAAUCGAUAAAUUUAUAACA